AUGCUUGGCCUGUUGCCAUUGCCUGGCCAGUGCUCCAAGCUGUCUAGCUUUGCGCUUGACAAAGUCCUUGAGGACGCAUCCCAGAUAUUUGGCGACUAUGUCAAGAAUACGGGUAGCAAAGCAGAAUGGAUGAAGAAUUAUGCAGAUGAUACUUUGCUGGUUCACAUGAACAUUCCUGGUACCCAUGAUAGCUCCACCUGGAACUAUACCCAGGCUACCCAGGAUGCCAUGCUGGGUAUCACGGACUUGAACCAGGUGACUGUACCUGUCCCCGAGACAUUCCGUUGUCAAGAGCUAUCGUUCAUCAAAAUGCUUGACAUGGGCAUCCGGGCGUUCGACAUGCGUUAUGCUAUGGACCCAACCAACACCUCCCUCGUGUUUUACCACUCCGAGGCCCUGUUGUCGGAGACCGCCAAUGUGGACAAUGUCCUCUUCGGCUUCUAUCAAUGGCUUGACGAUCACCCAUCCGAGACUCUCUUCUUGUCUUUCCAGUAUGAGGGAUCGACAGCCAAGUACGCCAGCAACGAUGCUGCAGUACAGACACUGCUCUUCAACUCUCUCACCUCUCCCGCUGCCAAGUCCUACUUUGUUCAAAGAAAAGACUCACUCGGCACGCUAGGAUCAGCUCGUGGAAAAAUCAAUUUGCUGCGCCGAUUUGAUCUCGAUGAGCUUCCAUCUUCAUAUGAGGAUGCGAUGCCAGGUCUCCACUUCUCGCCCAGCCUUUGGACUGACAACGAUCCCAAUAUCGUGCUGACUUACAACACGAAGGAGAACUUGACUGCAUACAUUGAGGAUUUCUAUCAGCCCACUACCCCGACGGGCUCAUCGGCCACGGAGAACAUCCGCUGGAAGUACAAUGCUACUUCCUCGCAUAUCGUCAAGGCCACUACUGAAGAGCCCGAUAGUCUUUUCUGGACAUGGGCCUCCAGUGAGAACACAGACAAUACCCCUCCUGACUGGCCGCGAAUCAUGGCCAUUGGAAAUGGUACUGCCUCUACACCUACUGGAGGUGUCAAUAACCUGCUGGUUCCGUUCCUCAAGGAGCAGAAGGAUAAGCGUGUCGGCAUUGUCAUGUUUGACUUCUUCGAUCAGCCAACGGACCUGAUUGAUGUUUUCCUCAGUCUUUAA